AUGGACCGAGCGACUCACGUUAUCGACCCAGACGGCGAAGUUAUAAUAGUUCUACACAAUCCAAAUGCCCCUUUUGCAGAACUAAGUGGAGCUCUGACCAGCGACAAUCUUGCGUAUACCUUUCCCGGCCCAAGCGAUGAAAUCCAGAACUCGGCGGAAGGGAUAGAAGCUUUGAGAAAUGAGCCGAUUAAAACGCUCAAAAAGAAGAAGAAGAAAAAGAAGAAAGUGUCUAAUUCUGGGCGGUGUGCUGUUCAUAUUCCAUCCGAACCUAUUCAGCCGUCAUUUGAAGAGUCUGCUCCUGGAUGGCCCGCAGCCGAAGCACCCCCUGAAGCACCCCCUGAAGCACCCCCUGAAGCAUCCCCUGAAGAACCCGCUGAAGAACCCGCUGAAGAACCCGCUGAAGAACCCGCUGAAGAACCCGCUGAAGAACCCGCUGAAGAACCCGCUGAUAAACCAGUUGACGAACCCGCAGAAGGACCUGCCGAAAUUGGGGUUACUAAACAGGUGGAAAACUGCUUCCGCAUCCAAGUAUCGGCGAAACAUUUGAUCCUCUCCUCCUCAGUCUUCAAGAAAAUAAUCACUGGUGGGUGGAAAGAAAGCAUUACAUAUCUACGAAAAGGCUCGGUUGAAAUCACUGCGGAUAGCUGGGAUGUCGACGCGCUCUUAAUUAUGCUUCGCAUUAUACAUUGUCAGUCCCAUCAAAUACCGCGUAAACUGACGCUUGAGAUGCUCGCGAAAGUCGCUGUUUUAGCCGACUACUACGACUGCAGGGAGGCUGUAGUCUUUUUCGCAGAUACAUGGAUCAACGCUCUAGACGAUAUUACUCCCGCAACGUAUUCUAGGGACUUGAUUCUCUGGUUAUGGGUUGCCUGGUAUUUCCACCGCCCCGCUAACUUCAAAGAAGCCACCUCAAGUGCCAUGUCUUUAAGUAAUGGCUGGAUUGAUAAUCUCGGGCUCCCAAUCCCCGAGAAAAUCAUUAGAUCGAUGAAUGAUAAAAGACAGGGAGCGAUCGCUGGCCUGAUUUCUCAACUUGAAGAAACGCGCGAUGAACUCCAAAACGGCAGUAAAGGGUGUAGCUUCGAAUGCAGCUCAAUCAUGUACGGGGCACUGACAAAAGAAAUGCAUUUGAAUGCUUUGCUCUCGCUGAGGCCUGUAGCUCCUUUCCCGGAUUUGAGCUACAGAUCCCUCGUGCAAAAAGUGUUAUCGUUCAGAUCGCCGGUAUGGUACGGCCCAUUUUCGUAUUAUCACAGUUACCAACACAAUUGUGAUCAUUCUACAUUCAAACUGCUUCUUGGCGUGUUGGAAGAUACUAUUGAAGGCCUUGACCUGAAUGAUUCCAUCAAUGUGUAG